AUGAUUGUUGUAGAAGAAGCUACUACUUUAAAUAAAUCGCCGGUAUCGUCAGAGGAUACAAUUAUAGAAGGAAAAAGGAAUUCAAAUGAAGAACCUUUUUUUUUCUCACAAGAAUUUCUCAAAUAUCCCUUUCAUGCUUUGUUUGCUGAUGUUGAUAGGGUUUCACAAUUAUCAGCAGAAACCUGUUACUUCUUCACAUUCAAUGCAUUGGAAGAAUUCACGGAAAGGCAUGUUCUGGGAAGUGACACUUUAAAGCUUACAAGGCCGCUCUUUAUUAAGAUUUCAUUUCAUCGAGAUGAUCUUAAUCGUGCACCGCAAGUGCAGACACAUGUGGCUCCAGCUCUUUAUACUUUACUUUUUGUUUGA